AGUGGAUUUUAAACUGUAGCGCUGUUUCUACACGAAUAAAUGUUAGGCCUUUUAAUAUGUUUUUGCUGCUACCUCCUCUUUUGCCUUGCCACUAGAGCGACGUGUGUUGUGUUUGGCGCGCCUCGAAACAAUCGAAGACUUUCGAGAUCUCCGAGAUUUCCCCUUUGAUCUCGAUCUCAGUUCGAUCAACAGGGUUAACAACAACAACAACAACAACGGACUAACCUAAACUAACCCAUCCCUGCUUUUGAUGAAAAUGGUAUGGAUGGUGUGAAAUGCCAGGCACGCUCUUUAACUUCAUUCGGACCCAAAUUUUUCGAUGAUUUGUUGCUCUUCUUUUGCUGAGACUUGCUUGUUGUGGUACGGUUCUCCGUAUCAAAUGUCACUUAGCCAUUUGUGAUGCAGGUAGAUUCAAUUUCGAGCAGCAGGAAUCACCUUGUCGUUGAACGUCAUUCGGUUCUUCUGACAUAAAGUGAAAACUUCCGAUUCCUAAGUCGAAAUUCCUCACCUAACGGUCAAUUUACGUUGUUUGUGGCCAUGUUCUUCAUAUAGUUUGUUUAUUCCCCAUGACAAAGUACACCUUUGUCUGUCUCAACAGAUGAGUAAAUGCACUUGCCUCAAGUUUUAAAUCAUCUUGAAACAUUCUUAUGUUUCUUAUUGGCACAGUCUGCACUGCCUCUAGUAAAAUUAUUUUGACCGAAAUUUUCCCUAUAUUGAGUCGCAAGUAUUUUCUGUUCACCCCAUUAAGCUGUACAACUAUUGAUGGGGAUUCUACAUCCUUGAGUACAGUCACUUUUGGUUUAUCAUAUGUAUGUGGGCCUUCUUUUAAAUCUACUCAUGGUCCUUUUGGUUUGUGCCCUGACAUGAAACAUAAAAGAAAAAGAUCUUCAAAGCGUGAGCGGAAGCAGAAGAAGCAUAUUGAGAAAGCUGAGAAAUCUGGAACACGGAAUAGGUUGAAACAUUUAGCAAUGGCUUCUGGAUUUCAAGGCACCUUUGUGAAAUCAUCGCAAUCAAUCAACGAAAGAGAUAAUGAUGACAAUGAUGAUAUUAUUGUAGUCUAUGAUAAACAAAGGGAUUCAAAAGAUGAUCUUAAUCGCAAGAAAAAGCCAGACGAGGACGAAGUGUCUGUCAUUGAACUGAACCCUAGUGAUCUACAUGAUAUACCCCUGCCACCCGGAACAAUUGCGAAUCCAUUCAGAAUGGUAAUUAGCAAUCAUAUUAGAUUACAAGAUAUUCCUCUACCUCCCAGCACAAACACAUCUGACAGAUUGCAUGUGGAAAAUUUGUCAGAAAUUGAAAUGGACACUAAACUCAUUAAAAAUCUUAUGAAAGAGUAUAGGAAAUGGGAACAUACUGACUUAGGAAAUACCCUGCUGCACAAAGAUGGUGGUCCAUCUAUUGAAUUCCAAGAUCAUAACUCUUUUACUGUUAUGUCUUACAAUGUAUUAGCUCAACAGCUUUUAGAAGAUCAUAAAUACCUUUACAGUAAGCAUGAUGACAGAGCACUUACAUGGGAACAUCGAAGCAGAAUUCUUUUGAUGGAAAUUGAGGAGAGAAAUGCUGAUAUAUUAUGUCUUCAAGAGGUUCAAGCAAACCACCUCGACUCAUUCUACAGCAAACUCAAAGACUUAGGUUAUGAAGGAAUAUUUAAACGAAGGUCUCUUGGACAUGCAGAUGGAUGUGCCAUUUACUACAAAUCAGACAAAUUCUGUCUCAUAGAAAGUGCUACAGUAGAAUAUUUUCAAUAUUAUCAUCAAGGCCUCGGUGUUUUAGACAGAAACAAUGUUGCUGUAAUUGUUAAGCUAGCGCUGAAACAUGCUGAAGGUACUGAUAAUCAUGUGGUUGUUGCAACCACUCACCUCCUAUACAAUCCUAGACGCCAUGACAUAAAACUAGCCCAGUCACAAGUACUUUUGGCGGAGUUAGACAGAGUGUCAUUCAUGGGGAUAGAUACAGUGAACGGUAGACCAAAGUAUUUGCCAACAAUAGUGACUGGAGAUUUCAAUCUACAACCAGAUACAGCUGUCUAUAGGUUCCUGAGAGAGGGAUUUUUAUGUUAUUCAGAUUUAACUGCUCGGUCUCUUUCAUCUUUUACAUAUGGUCAAUCUCGCCAAGAAAUUCUUCUUCCAUAUGAACUUCAAAUAUCAAAUUCCUGCCAGCACCUGGGUGUGUUGCUUCACCGCAUAAAACAAUCAAAUAACCAUUCACUUGAUAAAUGUGCUGAUCUUUCAGCAGUAACUAAGUUGUACAACAGUGAACGAUACAAGUCCCUUCACCACUAUACUAAAAAGCAGGCAAAGAUUCCUCUAUUGUAUGAAGAGGAUUUCUAUGGAAGGGUUGAGAAAGGGUGCUUACGUCAUGCGCUGAAUCUUCAAAGUGUAUAUCAGCAUGAACGUCAGUCUCCCACUAGUAAACGAAUGACACGUGAAGCAACUACUCGCCAAGACGACUGGGUCACUGUUGACUACAUCUUUUAUAGUGGAUAUUGGAAUCACCUAAACAAAUGCAUUGAAGAAGGACGUCUGAAGUUAUUAUCCCGUUACACCCUCCCCACAGUUGGACAAUGUCAAGAGCUUAAGUCAAUACCAAAUCUUGCUUGUGGUUCAGAUCAUUUUAGCCUCAUGGCUAGGUUUCUUUUGAGCACAGAAUAGGCCAUUGACCAUGUCUUAAAUUUCAUACAUAUUUUCUAAAACCUAUUUGUUUUACUUAUUUUUGUCUUUCACAUCUUAUAGUCAACUGGUGUUCUUUCAUUGUCUCUGGUAGAUAACUAUGGCUUGAAUGUAGAAAGUGCCAAAGUGUACCAAUUAUUGUUUCAUGCAUAGUAUGUGUCUGUGAUUUUUGCACAUGUAAACACCUUGGUGUUUGCGCAGAAGCUACCAAGUAGAGUUAUCUGCUCCAAAGUGCUUUCUCCUGUGUUCUAUUUUUUAUUUAUUUAUUGUUUGUUCUUUAGUUUUUAGUAAAGUUAUAAACAAGACAAUGAGCAUUCUGGCUGUGCAAAAGCGUCCUUAUCUUUGUAUGUACUGAUUGUAUAUAAAAAUAUUAUGUUGAAUUGACCUUGAAAUAUAGACCAGUGGUUGAAUGGGCAUAAUGACUGGUACAAGGAAAUGGUACAAAUGUGCAAGAAAACACUCCUUAUUUUUUGUAUUAAACGACAUACUGUAUUUUCAA